AUGCCCAACACGAGCCUGCGGCGCCCCCAAAAGGGCUACCGCCGUGGCGGGAAGCAAGCCUACCAUGGGCCUGGCCAGACGACACGCACCUUCGCAGCCUCGAGUCGCGCCGAAGCAACCUCGGCCGAUGAGAAGUGGGAGCGCACGCGGCUGACGAAUACCAUCGACGAGAACAUGGGCUUCGCUCGCUACGAAGGCGGCAAGCGCAAGGAGGGUUGGCUCGUCAACGUGCAGCCGACGUCAGUCGAGGACGAGCGGAUACCGGGCGGCCGCGCGGCGCUCGACUGCUACUUCAUCGAGGACGACGGCUCGCACUUCAAGGCCACGGUCGAGUACGAACCCUACUUCCUCAUCGCCGUGAAGAAGGGUCGCGAGAGCGAGGUUGAAGAGUGGCUCAAGCGCGUGCCUGGCGGCGGUGUCGUCAAGACGAUCAAGCGAGUCGAGAAGGAGGACCUGAAGAUGCCGAAUCACCUAAUGGGCUACCGCCGGACGUUCCUCGAGCUGAGGUUCUCCAACAUCAACGACCUGAUGGCGGCGAGGAAGGACAUCAUGCCGAUAGCGUCCAAGAACAGGAAGAACGUGGAUGCCUUGGACGCAUACGCCGAAGUCCAGACGACGAACGGCGACUUUGACCUUUUUGACGACUCACGAGAUGACGAUAGACGAGCUAAUGCUUCUUUUGCCGACGCCAGCGACUUCAUUGUCGAUAUUAGGGAAUAUGACGUGCCAUAUCACGUCCGGGUAAUGAUAGAUAUGGAUAUUCGAGUGGCAAAAUGGUACUUCGUCGACGUCAAGCACGGCGUCACAAAGAUCACAAUCAACGAAGACCGGCUGGCCAUGGCGGACCCCGUUGUCAUGGCCUACGAUAUCGAGACGACGAAGCUGCCCCUGAAGUUCCCAGACGCCGCCAUCGACCAGGUUAUGAUGAUUUCGUACAUGAUCGACGGACAAGGUUUUCUCAUCACGAACCGAGAGAUCGUCUCGGAAGACAUCUCUGACUUCGACUACACCCCGAAACCCGAAUACCCCGGCUCCUUUAUGAUUUUCAAUGAGCCGGACGAGAAGGCCGUCCUCGAACGCUUCUUCCUGCACAUCAAGGAGGCGAGGCCGACGGUCAUUGCGACGUACAACGGUGACUUUUUCGAUUGGCCUUUUGUCGAAGCCCGCGCUAGCGUCAACGGUAUCGACAUGUACCAGGAGAUCGGCUGGAAGAAGGACAGCGAGGACCAGUACAAGUGCAGUUACAGCGUGCAUAUGGACUGCUUCCACUGGGUGAAUCGAGACUCGUAUCUUCCCCAGGGAUCUCGAGGCUUGAAGGCCGUCACGGUGGCCAAGCUUGGAUACGACCCUGACGAGCUCGAUCCCGAACUGAUGACGCCCUACGCCGCCGAACGGCCUCAGACCUUGGCCGAGUAUUCCGUUUCCGACGCCGUGGCGACGUACUACCUGUACAUGAAAUAUGUCCACCCCUUCAUCUUCUCCCUCUGCACAAUUCUGCCCCUGGGCGGCGACGACACAUUACGGAAGGGUACCGGUACUCUUUGUGAGAUGCUGUUGAUGGUCCAGGCUUACCAGCAGGAGAUUGUAUUGCCCAAUAAGCACGUCUCGCCCAGGGAAGCAUUCUACGACGGUCACUUGCUAGACUCAGAAACGUACGUCGGCGGUCACGUCGAGAGUAUCGAAGCAGGCGUUUUUCGCGCAGAUAUCCCCGUCAAUUUCGCAGUUGACACGGGUGCGGUUGACGAGUUGUUGAAGGAUUUGGACGCCGCGCUCAAGUUCAGCAUCACAGUGGAAGAGAAGAAGUCGAUGGACGAUAUUGAGAACUACGACGAGAUUAGAGAGCAGAUCGCCUCGCGCUUACGUGCCCUCAAAGAGACACCAAACCGGAGCGAGCGCCCCUUGAUUUACCAUCUCGACGUCGCUUCCAUGUACCCCAACAUCAUGACGACGAAUCGACUCCAACCCGACUCCAUGAUUCAGGAAUCGGACUGUGCGGCCUGCGACUUCAACCGGCCCGGGAAGACGUGUGACAGGCGGAUGCCCUGGGCGUGGCGAGGAGAGUACCUGCCGGCAAAGCGCGACGAGUACAAUAUGAUCAGGAACGCGCUCGAAAACGAAAAGUUCCCGGGGAAGUGGCCAAACUCGCCGCAGCGGACUUUCCAGGACCUUUCCCCGGACGAGCAGACGGCUCUGCUGAGGAAGCGGUUGCAGAUUUUCUCACAAAAGGUCUACCACAAGAUCCACGACUCGACGACAACGGUCAAGGAGGCUAUCAUCUGCCAGCGCGAGAACCCGUUCUACAUUAACACCGUCCGAGACUUCCGUGAUCGUCGUUACGACUACAAGGGCAAAGCCAAGGUCUGGAAAGGCAAGACGGAGUCCCUCAAGCAGUCGGGCGCGACGUCUUCCGAAGUCGACGCGGCGAAGAAGAUGAUCAUCCUGUUCGACUCUCUGCAGCUUGCCCACAAGGUCAUUUUGAACUCGUUCUAUGGCUACGUCAUGAGAAAAGGAUCGCGGUGGUACUCCAUGGAAAUGGCCGGUGUGACUUGUCUGACGGGAGCAACAAUUAUCCAACUGGCCCGAUCGCUCGUUGAGCGCCUUGGGCGCCCGCUAGAGUUGGAUACCGACGGUAUUUGGUGUAUGCUUCCGGCCACGUUCCCGGAGAACUUUGCGUUCAAGACGAAAAACGGAAAAAAGGUCACCAUCUCGUACCCUUGUACUAUGUUGAACCAUCUGGUCCACGCCAAGUUCACGAAUCACCAAUACCAGACGCUCGUGGACCCCAAGACGCUCAAGUACGAGACUCACAGCGACAACUCCAUUUUCUUCGAAGUCGACGGUCCCUACAAGGCCAUGGUCCUGCCUACGUCCAAGGAGGAGGAUAAGAACUUGAAGAAGCGCUACGCCGUCUUCAACGACGACGGUAGUCUGGCCGAGUUAAAGGGUUUCGAGGUGAAGCGCCGAGGAGAGUUGAAGCUUAUCAAGAUCUUUCAGCAGCAAAUCUUCAAGUUCUUCCUCGAAGGAGAGACCCUGGCCGAGUGCUAUGCUGCCGUUGCCAAGGUCGCCAACCAGUGGCUGGACGUCUUGCAUAGCAAGGGUUCGACACUGGCGGACGAGGAGCUGAUGGAGCUCAUUUCCGAGAACAGAAGCAUGUCCAAGACCCUCGAGGAGUACGGUUCGCAGAAAUCGACGUCCAUCACCACGGCCAAGCGUCUGGCGGAUUUCUUGGGUGAACAGAUGGUCAAGGACAAGGGGCUCAACUGCAAGUUCAUCAUCUGCGCGAGGCCGAAAAACGCCCCUGUCACCGAGAGAGCCGUACCCGUUGCCAUCUUCUCCGCCGAGGAGACGACGAAGCGUUUCUACCUGAAAAAGUGGCUGAAGGAGGAACCUCCCGAUACCGACCCGAGAGCUCUCCUGGACUGGGACUAUUACCUUGAGCGUCUGGGGUCCGUCAUCCAGAAGCUCAUCACCAUUCCGGCCGCGCUCCAGAAAGUCAGGAACCCCGUCCCCCGCGUCGCCCAUCCCGAUUGGCUCCAGCGCAGAAUCAACAUCAAGGACGAUAAGAUGAAGCAGAAGAAACUCACGGAUCUGUUCGCCAAGGGGCCUCUAGAGGACAUCACCAACCUCAACGGUCGAUCUGCGGCCGACAUGGAGGACUUUGGUAGCCAGCUUCUGAAGCCGAAACCAGUGACCUCAGUGGUGGCCUCGUCGCAGCCUGCUGCUCCCACUUCUCAGAAGCGAAAGUCGCCUGGACCUGCUGAGAAUGCCGAUCCCUUCGCUGCCCUGCCCAAGGAGAUGCCCUCACCUUCAGACGACUACGUCGGCUUUCUGCAAUACCAGAAACAGAAGUGGAAGAUCCAGAAGCAAGCGCGCAUCCGGCGACGACAGCUCUUCGGAGACCGGCGCGGCAAUAACCAGAACAAUAUUCAGAACACGUUCAUGAAGCAGGCGCACAUGACCUUCAUGAACACGUGGCAGCUCCUACAUCUCAAACCAACGGAGACACCUGGCAUCGUUAACGCACACGUCCUCAUCGAUGCGAAGAUCCACUCGCUCAAGAUCAAGGUGCCGCGACAGGUAUUCCUGAACCUCAAGAGCGGAGAAAUGCCAGACGUCGACAUCCCGGGAUGUGAGGUCGAGCAAGUUAACCAUACGCUACCGAACGGGCAUUCAUCAGUCCAUCUUUUCAAGCUGACCGUCCCCGAGGAUGUCUAUUUCGCCGAGGCCGACAAAUUCUCGCUGCUGUUUAACCACCCCAGCGUCGAGGGCGUGUACGAGAAGCAUCUGCCUCUGAACAUCCGUGCUGUUCUUCAGUUGGGCAACCAGUGCGCCAUCGACGAGCGGCAACACGCGGUGCUUGGAAAGGGUCUCGAGCAAGGGUUCGACCUGCUCGGCCUCAAACGUCCCUUGAAGCCCCGUACCUACCUCGAGACCUCGCCACUCGCGUACAUCUACAUGUCCCACGUCACUGCAGGCGACAGACAGAUUUUCGGAGUCUUCUCAACACUGAAAGACGAAGCGCACGUCAUCAUCUUGCAGAAGGGCAGAGAUUCAGGACAAGACCUCCCCAAUAUCUCACGGAUCUACACCGAGCUGCUGGCGCGACGGGGAGAGGAGGCAGCGGGCACCAACUGGCAGGACUGCUUCACGUACCAGGAAAAGCUGAACUUCAAGAUCACGCAAGUGACGACUCGACGAAAGGCGCAUUUGGAGCUUAGCGACGUGGUCAAGAAGAUGAGGAAGGACGAGCUGCGGCCACUGAUGAUGGUCAUCCAGUCGUCUCAGCGCAACAUGCUCAUCAACGACGUCCCCAUCCUCGGCGAGUUUCCUGUACUGCCGCUCAAGUACGACCCCGCCGACAGCUCUCUCCCACCGCUCGGCUGGCAAGCAGUCGUGGCCAGACGACUUGUUGGACACUACCUUGGUCUUGGCUCCUGGAUCGUGCAUCUGAACACCCUCGCGCGGUACGGCGAGGUUCCACUCUGCAACCUCGAGCGAGAAGACCCCCGCUUCCUCAUAGAUAUCGCGUACGCUAGGCGGCUGCAGAACAACAACGUCGUGCUGUGGUGGUCCGCGGGCCCUCGGCCUGACCACGCUGGCCACGAGAAGGACGACAUCACCGGACCUCUGGAAACCGUCCAGAUGCCCGCGACCAACAACCCUGGCACGUUCUCGUCGGUCUGUAUCGAUCUGGAAGUCAGAAACCUGGCCAUCAACACGAUAUUGACAUCCUCCCUGAUCAACGACUUGGAAGGGUCGGAGUCCAUCUCGUUCAACCCCGCUGGAGAUGGAAACGCAGCAGGGGAUGAAGUCAUCUCUUCGGAGGGCACCUUUGCAAAUGCCGGUGUCCUGGUGCUGCGCGAGAUGGUGAAGAGUUGGUGGCAAGAAGCCUGCAAGGGCAGCGCGAUGGCCGACGUUAUGGUCCAGCACCUCGUCCGCUGGGUCGAGAACCCCGACUCUUUCCUGUAUGACCGCGCGCUGCACUACUACGUGCAGAUGAUGUCUCGCAAAGCCUUCCAGCAGCUCAUGGCCGACUUCCGUCGCGUCGGUUCGCAGGUCAUCUUUGCCAACUCCAACCGUCUUCUCCUGCAGACGACCAAGGCCGAGGUUGGCACCGCCUUCGCCUACAGUCAGUACAUCAUCAAAUCGAUCAAGAGCAAGCCCCUUUUCCACUUCAUCGACCUUGAGAUCAAAGAAUACUGGGACUACCUGGUGUGGUACGAUGAGUUCAACUACGGAGGCAAAGCCUGUCAGGAGGUCGUGGAAGCGGAACAACAGACUCUCGACACCGUCAUGCACUGGCAGAUGGCCACCUUCCUUCCCAUCCGCCUGCAGCCGACGUUCCAAGACUGGGUCAUUGAGUUCAUCCAGCUCAUGCACAACCUCAAGCGGCCUCUGAACGGAGACCCCUCCUCGACGCCGCGCCUUACCCAGCUCCCGCAAAAGUCUCUCGCCGAGGGCGCCGAGGGGCAGAUCAUCCUCGGCAAGGCUUUUGAGAAGCCCCUGAAGAAGGACAUCGCCAACUUGAUCAACCUGCAGAAGCGCGAGCUCCUCCACCCAGAGCUGGCGGAGGACUACUCCUUCCCGCACCUGCCCGGGUCACACCUUACGCACCUCUCAUCGCGCAACGCCGUGCUCGAGCUUGUCAAGGCGCUGAUGCAGGUGCUCUCGCUCGACAAGAAUAUCACGCUCGAGGCGCGCCUACUGCGCAAGGAGCUGCUCGCCAUGUUUGACGUGCGCGAGUUCAGCAAAGAGGGAGCGUUCCAGAACCCAAGCGAGAGCCUGAAGGUGAUUCAGCUCAGCUGCGACAGCUGCACGAUGGCGCGCGACCUCGACUUCUGCAGGGAUGAGGAUCUGUUGCCGGAGAUGGGGCCGGACGGCAAGCGCCUGAGCCCGGAGACGCGGCCGUGGCGGUGUACCUUUUGCGAGGCUGAGUACGACCGCAACGCCAUCGAGGAGAUGCUGCUGGCGCGGGUAGAGGCGUUCGUGGUGGAAUGGACGACGCAAGAUCUUAAGUGCGGCAAGUGCGGCGCGCUGAGGAUGAACGAACUCAUGGAUCACUGCACCUGCAGCGGCGAGUGGGUGGAGAGCGUGCGGAGGGCGGACAUCGUGAGGCGGCUGGGAGUGUUUUGGAACGUAGCCAAGUUUUACGGGUUGAAAAUGCUGUUGGAGGAGGCAUUCGGGAUGCGAAGCAACUCUCCGAGUGCUCGAGAUCCUUUCGGCCAUCUCCACACUCUUGACAGAAGAGCUAGCUCGCAUUCCAUCGGCUGGGCAGUCUUGUUCACCAGAGCCUACAAGUAUGGCGGUGAGUCACUGUGGGAGUUCGCAUACAAGGAGCUUGACGAAGCGGGAGCAUUAUGCGACGAUGUCUCGCUAUCCGACGAUGAGCGGCGGUCCUGCCACAGGCGGUUCUUGCUUCAAAAAGGCGCCAUCGAGCGCAGACAGGGCGAUUUCGCAGAAGCAAUAAGAACGCUAGAGCACGCCAUCAGCGAGUAUGGCACCUACGAUCUGGAACACGCGCGGAUGCUCGGUGAACUCGGCACUGCCUUCCAGCGACAGGACUCGUUCGAGCGUGCAGACGAGCUCUAUGCCGAACAGCAUGCACUCGCGAUCAAACUGGCCGCUGAAGCGAAAGACCAGCGGUCUGUUUGGCGUGCCGAGGCUCUUGCCGCAAGAGCAAUCGGCUAUCGUGGCAUCAUGGCUUACAUGUUGAGCGUACCAGAUCUUGACGACAAUGAUCGGACGAACCACGAAGGCCUGAGCGACGCGAUCAACAAGAGCAUGCAGCGCGUGGCGAGUACCCGAACGCUGUUGCGGGCUAUCGCCAACGAAGAUGCUGCGUUCCAGCAUGAAGUCAGAGCAACGACUUGCAUCUGCGUUGCAUUGGAUCGUCUCUCGCUUUGCUAUGGAGCUGCUGGCAACACAGCGGAGGCUGUCAAUUGGGCACGGGAAACUGUGGCGGAAGGCAAGGCCUUUGAUCCCACCAUACAGGCUUUCGGCAGAUUCUUUCUCGGUCUGGCCCUGCAGCGAAACGGGGAUCUGGAGGAAGCCAUGCAGCAAUGGACCAGGCAUGGAAAGGGUGAUCUCGAGACAGCCGCCAUUGCCUUGUGCCGUCAGCCUUCUAGCGAAACGUUGGGUUAUAUGACACAGCUUGUGAAGCACCAAGUCCCAUUGGAUCACUACAACGAACAAGGAUACAGUCCUCUAGACUACGCCAUCAUGGGCGGUAGCGAGACUAUGGGAGCGCUCGUUAUGAAAGGCCUUCGUCAGGAGUAUCUGAGGAAUGGGUUCACACCAGAUGAGACGGAGGUUCUGAUUGAGAUGCGCAAAACUGAGGCCGAUCGCAGGAAGGAGUAUCGAUCGAUGUUCCAAAAAUCUUUCCGUCCGUUGCUCAGAACCAGUGCUGCCGAGACAACCAAGAGCUCUUCGGACGCUCAAGAGGUCUCUAGUCGAGCUGAGAAGUGCAUAAUGGGUCUGCGGCAAGCUUAUUCCAGGCUACUCGUUGAGCAAGAGAUCACGCGAUCGAUAUUUGACGACUUCAAGUACAUCGAGCUAUCCGACUUUCGGUCAAUGACUAGGCUGCCGCAGCCUGGCAGCCUGGAGGACAUGAACACAAUGGCAAAAUCUGUCCAGCAGUUUGGAAACAUGCUUGAAAAGCAGCGAAAUGGAAGCCCAUUUGUAGUUUUCCUAUCAUACCGAUGGCUUGGCAAUGGAAAGCCAGAUGAUGAUCAAGGAACUCAGCUCGCUCGGAUGAACGCAGCCUUGAGCCAAUUUCUGGCAACCCAUCCCUGGCUGAGCGAUGACCGAGUGGCUGUCUGGCUGGACGUCGGCUGCAUACACCAACUCGACCCAGACAUCAGACAACGAGGCAUCAACGCACUACCACUGAUCAUCGCCCAGUGCAACGCCAUGAUCAGCCUCGAUGACUCCGCCUACCACUCCCGUGCCUGGUGCUCCGUCGAAGUGCUGGUCAUGCAGACUCUCCGAGAUUCGUACGGGCUACACGAGUGCUGGUCUCAGAUGUCGUUGUCGCAUUUCGAACGAGCAGCGACCAGACCGCCGAUAGACGACAAACUGACGGGCUUGCAGCUCAGCUUCCCAGACAAAGAUGGGCCAACUGUCAAGUUCCUGGUGAGGCAGAGUAGGAUCUUAGCUAAGAAGUAA